AACAGGAGUACAGCCCUCCUUCACCCGUAGUGGUAUGAAUUUGUAUGACACCUAAACAAUAGUUCCUGGCAGGUGUGUAUUGUGUACACUCGAGUUGUGUAGCAAGCUGGUUAGCUCCUUGGAUGUGGAAACGUUUCAUACAAGCGUCGGGCGCCCAUUUUACGAUUGGUGAUAGCUACUACCUAGACGUCAAAUGCGACAGGUAAGAGGAUAGCUACCUUUCCCGGUUUGCCAAAUUCAACAAACAAGCAUUCAUUAGCAACUUCCUGUAUCACAUCUGGCCUGGCCAGUCUUGACCGCAGUCUAGCACAGUUAGCUCGCAUUAACAAGGUGGCUACAGGUAGCUAUCUAGCUAAUACGUCUACAAUUAAGCGAGGAUUUAAACAACGUAUAUUAUCUAGAAUCUAGCUAUCUAGAUGUUUAUCGUCUGUAUUUUUGCAUGUAUUGUUUGACUACCUUGCGUAGCUAGCGAACUAUUUUACGCUAUCUAACGUUAGAACUUUAUUGUUGCAGUGGCUAGCUAGCUAACGUUAGCUACCACAACUUAGUUUUGUUGUUCCUUUGUCAUUUGCUAGCUAACUUAGUAAGGUGUGUUCAUUAGUUAGUUGACUAAUGUACCUAACUACCGUAUUUAUGCCGGGAGGACUCUGGGUUGGCUAGUUAGGUGUGUGGACUUACAAACAUGGUCGACAAUAGCAACUUGUCUCAUUAGACCACCUUGUCCUUUAUUUAGUUAGCUUUUUUUUGGGCUUUCCAGCGUCAGCCACGAUCGUCAAAUGAAGGCAAUUUUAAAAGAUUGCCCCAACAAUCGUAACCUCAAGCCUGCCAUGAGAUUACCCUAACAAGAAAUAGUGGGGAGAAGAUGGCUGCAGAGCUCUUUCCCACCAAGAAGCUGGCCCCAGCAUCCUCAACCAACACAGCUGUGCAGCAAUACCAGCAGCAGAACCUGAAUAACAACAACACCAUUCACAGCUGCAAUUGGCAAGGGCUCUAUCCUACCAUCCGAGAGAGGUAGGUGACCCUAGUAAGCAGUAGUUAAACUGGGAUUCUACUGCCUUUUGAGGGGAGACGAUGUGAAUUUUCAAAGAUUUAAAAUGGCCAAAGAAAACCAAUUUCUUGUGUCUACCAGCUCUUACAUGCAGAUACUGAAGUCUGAAUGUGAUGCCAUCAACACUGUUUACUAAUCAUAUGACUCAUGCUUUCACAGGAAUUCUGUCAUGUUCAACAAUGAGUUGAUGGCAGAUGUUCACUUUGUCGUUGGCCCCCCAGGAGGGACUCAGCGAGUACCUGGGCACAAGGUAAUCAAUCCCCUUUAAACCUGUCCAACGUAUAUGAGGACUUCACUGAGCAAGACAACAAAACACAACAGAUGUACAGAUAGAUUUAUCUGUUGAGUCUGCUAAAUGACCAAAAUGUAAAAUAAAAUGCAAUUGGCUGACAUUUCUCCACACCAGCCUCUUUAUGCUAAAUCCUUUUGCAAAUAUCUACAUUUAUAUUACACAAUGUGUAAAUGUUUAUUCUCUCUACCCUACCAUCAUCCCACCAUAACUUUCUCCUCUUCUUUGCUGCUCUUCAUUUUCUCAUGUGACUCCCUAUCUUCCAUGUUGUUCCCUAGUAUGUGCUGGCUGUGGGGAGUUCUGUGUUCCAUGCCAUGUUUUACGGUGAACUGGCAGAGGACAAGGAAGAGAUCCGUAUCCCUGAUGUGGAGCCUCCCUCGUUUCUAGCCAUGCUGAAGUAAGUGGCCGGCGCCUCCUGACAUCUCAUUAGAUGCAGUCCCAGUGUUCAUUGUACAUUUCAGAAUGAGGACUACCUUAGUCAUUUGAAAUGUAGGCUAAUUCGCCAUAGGUCAUAAUGGUGGUAUGGUAUUUGCACUAAGCUACAAAGGAAGAAUGCCUCUCCGAUUGAAUGAUGGGACCCUCCAAGUUUUUUUCCAGAUGAAAAGUUUUACUUGGCCGUAUUCAAUGUGUUUGAAUAUUCAGCAAUGUAAUGGCAUAUGAAAUGAUAAGGUUGGCCUUCCAAUCAUAAAUGAGAAGUUGAAGUGAGUGUCGAGCCCUCAUCUGACUCUCCCCGCUCUGGUCUGGCAGGUACAUCUACUGCGACGAGAUCGACCUGUGUGCCGACACGGUCCUGGCCACGCUCUACGCUGCCAAGAAGUACAUCGUGCCCCACCUGGCGCGGGCCUGCGUCAACUUCCUGGAGACGAGCCUGAGCGCCAAGAACGCUUGUGUGCUGCUCUCCCAGAGCUGCCUGUUUGAGGAGCCCGACCUGACGCAGCGCUGCUGGGAGGUGAUCGAUGCCCAAGCCGAGCUGGCGCUGCGCUCAGAGGGCUUCACAGACAUCGACUCGGUGACCCUGGAGAGUAUCCUGCGCCGCGAGACGCUCAACGCCAAGGAGAUGGUGGUGUUCGAGGCAGCAUUGAGCUGGGCCGAGGCCGAAUGCCAGCGCCAGGACCUGACGCCCACCAUUGAGAACAAACGGCUGACGCUGGGCAAGGCCAUCUACCUGAUCCGCAUCCCCACCAUGACGCUGGAUGACUUCGCCAACGGUGCGGCACAGUCGGGCGUGCUGACGCUUAACGAGACCAACGACAUCUUCCUGUGGUAUACGGCAGCCAAGAAGCCUGAGCUGCUUUUUGCUAGCAAGCCACGCAAGGGCCUGGCGCCGCAGCGUUGCCACCGCUUCCAGUCGUGCGCCUACCGGAGCAACCAGUGGCGCUACCGGGGCCGCUGCGACAGCAUCCAGUUCGCCGUGGACAAGCGAGUGUUCAUCGCCGGCUUCGGCCUGUACGGCUCCAGCUGCGGCUCAGCCGAGUACAGCGCCAAGAUUGAACUCAAGAGGCAGGGUGUGCCGCUGGGCCAGAGCCUCAUCAAGUACUUUUCGGACGGCUCCAGCAGCACAUUCCCAGUGUGGUUUGAAUACCCUGUGCAGAUCGAGCCCGACACAUUCUACACGGCCAGCGUAGUGUUGGACGGCAACGAGCUCAGCUACUUUGGCCAGGAGGGCAUGACUGAGGUGCAGUGUGGCAAGGUCACCUUCCAGUUCCAGUGCUCCUCGGACAGCACCAACGGGACGGGUGUGCAGGGGGGGCAAAUCCCUGAGCUCAUCUUUUACGCUUGAGGUGUCGAACGUGAGGGAAUCGUAACCCUUCCUCUUUACUGCCACAGUAAAUGCACCACUCCGGAUGUUGAGCAAGCAUCAGCUCUUAACUAUGGGUUUAAAAG